AUGCACGACAUGGCCUACCAGCAUGAGCGGUCGCACCGUAUGCGCCGACAACCCCAAGGACCCGUCCAAGUCGUCACUGCCUUCGUCGUAGCCACCGACGAUGGUUCCCAGCCGACACAGACGCCAGUCAAGCUGCCGCCGCCUAUCAUGCUUCUCCCGCCUGCUACUCGCGCUCGCGAGAGUACCACUGCCGCCGCCAACAACAACAACAACAACGACGACGACGACGACGACGACGACGACAACAACAACCAGCCCCAGGAGACUGCCCGCCCCACGAGCACGAGGAGGCCGCCACCCACCCAGGACUCGGAUGAGAGCUCAACACCUGCAAGGCAGACCAAAGCGCCCAGUUCGAGCAAAGAGCCGUCUACCCUCAUGGUAGCGACCAAGCCGCCCACGUCAGGCCCUGCUUCUUCCUUGGCCGCCAUCACUUCUGCCACUGCCGCCCUUUCUGCCACGGCUUCUCCUUCCUCAACUGCUGACGCCGAGCAUAGUGGCGGCAUGUCUACCGGCACCAUGGCUGGUAUUGCUCUCGGUAUUCUGGUCUUCAUCUGUGCUAUUCUCACUGCCAUCCUUCUCAUGUACCGCAGCAAGAAGAAGCAAAUGGCUGCCGCCGCCCAGCAGAACGAGAAGACUGAAAUGCACAACGCGCCUGCGCCUCCACCACCUCAAGUCAUGGCUGGUGCCGCCACCUCGACUCCCAGCAUCCGUUCGGCGCAUACCGCAGACACUGCGCCCCGUCUCAGCCUUCGUCCUGUUACGCAAUUCGACCCCAAGCUGGAAGAGCAGCGCAAGAGCGCAGCAAACUUGCUCAGUGCCGCUGGGGGUGCUGCCGCUGGCGCUGCCAAAUCGCAACAUCUCUCACCUUCGGCAUCCGCUGAGCGCCCACCGAGUGCCUGGGAGCGAUCAGGAGCCGCCAACGCUCCUGCUGCCAACCCAUUCCAAGAUCCCGAGACGCCAUCCGGUCCCCCGCCAGCCAAUCCCUUUGGAAACAAGGCUGCUGUCGAUACUCAGCAAGCCUCGAUUCCUGAUUCUCCUCCCGAUGCUUCCCCAAUGGCCUCUGCUAUGCACUCCGACCCUCCCACCCCGGUCAUCACCAUUACUGAUGAAGCUCCUGUGGCUGUAGCCAUUUCCACGAUGCCUCCGCCUACAUCUGAGGCCCCUACCACUGAGCUCCCAGCCCCACCAGCCCCAAGCAGCAAGCCCGCAAGUACUGCGUCCAGCUCAACAGUGGCCGAUCUUCCCGCGUCUCCUGGUCCUGCUCCUACUGGCCCUCCUCCUAUUGCUGCUGCUGUUACUGGUAAUGGUCCCCCGAGCCCGGCCCUCGACCCUAGUCCCAAUAAUGUCCACCGUGUCCAACUUGAUUUCAAGCCUUCUAUGCAAGAUGAACUCGAACUUCACGCCGGCCAACUUGUUCGCAUGCUUCAUGAAUAUGAUGACGGAUGGGCUCUCUGUAUCCGUAUGGACCGCUCUCAGCAAGGUGUCGUUCCCCGAACAUGUCUUUCCAAGCACCCGGUCAAACCCCGUCAAGGACCGCCACCAGGCAACGUGCGAAGCCCCCCUGUCCGCCCGCCUAUGGGUCCUGGCGGCGCGCCUCAGCCGCGUCCCCUGUCGCCUGCAAAUGGGAUGAACCCCAAGGCUCCUCGUCCCAUGAGCCCCGGACCACGCCAAAUGCCUCAGCAGAGCCAGGGUCCCCCUCGCAUGCGAGCCAACAGUAACGCUCCUCAAAACGGCCCCCCUCGCAACCGUUCGAACAGCAACGCACCUUAUGCCAACCCGCCACGCUCCAUGUCACCGGGUCCUUACGGUGGUGGACCGCAGAUGGCACCUCCACCUCAGGUCGGUGGCCGUCCGCGCUCCAACUCUGCGAGCCAAGCUGGUAACCCACGACGUGGCCCAGCCCCCGGUCCUAGCCCCAUGAACCCUAACGCAUCCGCACCCGCCCCUGCCCCUACCGGCCCUCUUCCUGUGCCGGAUCGGAAACCAGUCCCCGGUAUGGCGCUCUAAGACGUUAACCGCGUAACGGCAGUCGCUCUUAUGAGGAAAUGUUUCAGCCGACUCUUGGUUUCUCUCCCUUUUGUUUAUUCCAUCUUGGAUUGUACGUCACAAGAUCUAUAGCCGUGUGUUUUGCUCGCUUAGCUUCCUUUCUUGGCGGUUGUUUGCUCCCUUGUCAUAAUUCCUAAUCAUGCGCAUCUCUAUGACAGACUGGCAGAUUGCAUGGGGAGCAACACCUACUUAGCCUCUUACUUUCAAUUUUUAUACCCCCAAGCCUCGCAUUAAGAGUCUCGCUACAGCAUACGUAGCCGGGCGGAGCAGGCUAGGUCGAGUUAUUUUUAGAGAGGUCAAUAAUGUCUUGAAGAUAUUUUAUAGUCGUGUUACCC